ACUGACAAAACCCGAACCAUAGGAAGAUAGAGCAAAGCAAGAGCAAGCUUCUUUUCUUUCUCAGUGUGCUUAGUCUCUCUCGGGAUCAAGAAAAUCAAUUGAAAAGUAGAAGAAAAAAAAAAAAAAGGGAAAAAGUCGAAAUGGUUUUUGUCAUUGGGAGCUCUUGCUAUUUGCAAACUCUCAUUUCCAACCCUCAAAUGCUGUUUUCUUCUUCUCAAUCCGUUUUCUUUAACGUCAGAAAUGCGGAAACCAAGAGAAGAAGGAGAAGCAUCAGGUCUCCAAUGGCUUGUCUAGCCCAUGAAGACCCAAACGACGACGUUUCCAGCAAAAGGAGGGCGGUUCUUCUUGUGGGUAUGUCAAUUCUUCCUUUCUUGCAACUCAGAGCCCAAGCUCUUGAAGGCUCCACCUUAAGUAGAGAGAGGCAGAGAAAGAGAAAAAAGGAUGGAGAAGUAGAAGAAACAAUGGAGCUACCAAUGGCAGUUGCUAGUGAAGGAAGUGAGGUAAAGAAACCAGAGAGAAACCAAAUAGCAGAAAGUGAGCUAAACAAACCAGAGGCAAACCAAAUAUCAGAAAGUCAGCUAAACAAACCAGAGGAAGCACGGGAAGAUAUACCAUCCAAUCCCUUUCUAUCUCUCCUUAACGGUCUUGGAAUUUUUGGUGCUGGUGUGCUUGGUGCACUCUAUGCUCUGGUUCAGAAGGAGAAAAAGGCAACUAAUGAAACCAUAGAAUCGAUGAAGAUCAAAUUGCAAGAAAAGGAAGCUGCAAUAUUUUCAACGGAGAAAGACUUUGAAUCACAGCUGCUAAAUGAACAGGAGAAACAAACCAAGCAACUCAAAGAGGCAAAGGAAGAACAGCUGUCUUUAAUGGAUCGACUAGAUGCAGCUAACAAUACAAUUACAGGCUUAGGGCAGGAACUGAAAAAUGAGAAGAGGUUAAUUGAGAAGCUUAAAGCGCAAAUUGACAGUCUUCAAAGCAACCUCACAAAGGCUGGGGAAGAGAAACGAUCUCUUGAAGAAGAACUGAAGAAAAAGCUUGAUUCAAUUGAAGUCCUACAACAAAAAGUUAACUUGCUCAGUUCAGAACUUAACGAUAAGGAAGGUAAAAUUCAAAAGCUCAACUCUUCCCUUGUUGAAAAAGAAUCAGAGUUGAAGAACUUGAACAGUACCUUCAAGCAAACAAAGGAAGAACUUGGGAAAGCACAUACAGAGAUUGAAGGCUUGAAGGAAGAAUUACUGAGAAAUCAAAGUGAACUUGAAUCCAAAAGUUCUGUGGUGGAUGAAUUAAAUGCAAGGAUAAGUUAUUUAAUGGUUGAAAGAGAUAAUUCUAAGCAGGAAUUUGGUGCUCUUCAGGAUGAUUACAAUGAUCUGAAAUUGUCUUCUGAAAAGAAGGCAGCAGAAGGGUCUAAGCUUUUGGGUGAAAGAGAAAAAGAAAUUCACCAGCUAAAGGAUAAACUCGAGCUUGCUCUAAAUGAUGUAAGUGAAAAUAAAGCAAUUUUUGCUGAUUUGAACAAGGAAAAGGAACACCUAAAGGGAGCACUGGAGGUGGAAUUGCACAAUGUAAAGAACCUGAAAGACGAACUCCAACUUGCUGAGGAAACCAUUGCAAAGACCAGAAGUGAGGCUUCUGAUGUGUGCAAGCAACUAAACAAAUCAAUAAAUCAUUGUAAAGAGCUUGAGUCUGAGGUUUCUAGGGUUAGGGCUGAGUUUGAUGAAGCUAAACUGAGACUGCAGGGUAGCCUUGAUGAGUCAGAACAAAGUGGCAAAGUGCUAGCUAGUGAGCUCACAACUGCAAAAGAGCUUCUGAAGAAAACUAGGGAGGAGCUGCAGAUUUUUUCUCAUGAGCUGACUGCUGUGACAGAAAAUCGGGAUAGCCUUCAGAAGGAAUUAGUUGAUGUUUACAAAAAGGCAGAAACCACAGCCAAUGAUUUGAAAGAAGAGAAAAAGAUUGUUUCUUCUUUAAACAAAGAAGUACAGGCUUUGGAGAAGCAGAUUGUGAAGGACAAAGAAGCAAGAAAGUCACUCGAAACAGACCUGGAAGAGGCUACCAAGUCACUUGAUGAGAUGAACCGAAAUAUAUUAAAAUUUUCUGUAGAUCUUGAAAGGGCCAACGCUAAAAUAUCCAGUCUUGAGGAUGAGAAAAUGGUGCUUUAUAAAACACUAACAGAGCAGAAGAAUGCAUCAAAAGAAGCCCGAGAAAACAUGGAAGAUGCUCAUAACCUUGUCAUGACACUUGGCAAGGAAAGGGAGAGUUUGGAAAAGCGAGCCAAGAAACUUGAGGAAGAACUAGCAUCUGCUAAGGGUGAAAUAUUACGGUUGAGGAGUCAAAUAAAUUCAUCUAAAGUUGGUGCAAAUGAUCAGCCUCAACAGAAGGGUGAAACUGAAGCAAAAGUCACCGUCAGUGCAAGGAAAAGUACCAGGAGGAGAAAAAGUAGCUCACAAUGAGGCUGUGAACUAUCCUGAGUUCCAAUAUUCUUCUCCUGGAUUAUGAUUGUUGUUAUGGUAUCCUUCAAAGCAGCUUUCUCUAGCCUCCUUCCCUAACAAAAUUUUUCACAUACCAUUCCCUUGUUACUGUAUAAAUCUGACACCGAGGUAUGGCAAUUAAGGAAUUUACUCUUGCAUGUAAUGAUCAUUGGUUCACUUUUGUACUGAUAAAAUACUAACACAGGUUCUCAAGAAUAUUUUUCUCCCGACAAUGAAAACAUCAACCUUGUGCAUGUUCAUUGGGAAUUAA